AUGCCUGCUUCAUAUAAAUGGACUUCAUUAAGGAAAACAACUAAAAACAGUGGCGAUUUCCCUAGCAUAAAUGUAUCUACACAUCCAUUAAAAGUUGAGGUUGUAAGUAUGAAACAAAGUUCGAAUAAGAGCUUCAUAGAAAAUAUAAAUAAAUGGAGUGCAGCUUUUGAAGAAGCAGAUCCUCUAAUGAAAUUUGAACAAAUAGAAGCAGAAGAGGAAAUAAGUUCAUUAGCAAAAAUAGAUAUUCAAACUAAUUAUUCUCAAGCAUGGAGCAAGAGGCGAACAAAUAUUUUAAAUAAAUAUACUACUGGAGAAAAAUUGACGAUUGUAAGCAGUUUUCUUCCAGGUGGUGAAAAAGCUCUUAUUAGACAGGUAUCGAAUUUAAAUGAAAAAGUAAAGCAUAGGUUGGAGCAAUUGGAUGAUUUCGAUGAAGAUUCAAUCAGGAAAACAAUGGGUCUUAGCCAACAGGAGUUUGUUACCAAGAUUAAGAUGCUUGAUGACGAAAUUAAAAAGGCUUGGAAUACUGAACAAAGAGUCAGAGCGUUCAAAAUAUGCAUACAAUGCUCAAAAAUGCUCUCUGAUGUCAAUGUUAUGCAGUUUUAUCCAAGUAAAUUUAUAUUGAUAUGCGAUAUUCUUGACAAUUUUGGUAACUUAGUAUUUCAUCGACUGAAAAUGAAAAGCUAUGGAGAUAAAGUGAUCAAAUCUCCAUUAGACAUAGAUUCUACUCUUGUCCCAGAGGCAGCUAAAGAAACCUGUCAAAACUGGAUAUUCAAAAUGGCGUCAAUACGGGAACUAUUACCACGUUUAUACAUGGAAAUGUCCUUAUUGAAAUGCUAUGUUUUUAUUCAUAAAGAUGAAAUUAAGCCAACUAUCAGAAGACUUACUAAAAUGAUAAGGGGUAUUGGAAAUCCAUUGGUGGCUGUUUAUUUGCGUGUUUAUUUGUGCAAUGUAGCUUCAAAGUUAUUAGGCAAAGAAAGUGAGGAGUAUUUUUAUAAUAAUUUGAAAGAGUUUCUUGAGGAAUAUCAACAGGUUUUCCAUCCAAUGAUGGUUAAAAAGUAUGGUACUCAACUUUUAACCCCUGAUCAAUAUUUAACCCUUUAUGAGCCUGCAGUAAAUUGGUUAAUAUAUGGGACGCUUAAUUUAGAUAGAUCUAAGCCACUUUUACUCGAAUUGUUGGAUCAAUGUGAUGAAACCGAAAAUAAUGAACUUAUUCUGAACUGCAUCGUAGCUUCAUUUGACUCUCAAAGCAUAAUAGAAAAUUCUACAAGAAUUUUGGAUAUGGUACACAAAUCUGCCGAUAAAAUGGUUUUAUUAAGUCAUAUAUUGGCUUCGCUGGGAGAGCAUUUGUGCAAGGCUGAAAGCUACAGGAAAUUGUCUUCAGAAGCUUUAAGUCAGGCUUGGUGGAAGAUUGCAAGCAACAUUAGAUCGACUGUUGAUUUCCUGCAAGUUCUGGGGCCCUGGUUACAGUUUGCAUGUACACAACUGUCCACUCAACACACAAAUAUAAUACUUCGGGGCACUAUCCGAUUUAUGUUAAAGUGCGGAAAACCAGCUGAAGAGUUCUCGUCUAAUUUUCACAUGGUGAUAAAGAGAAUGCUUAAAUCGAUUCCUGACAUUGAGGAAGUGUUUUUGAUGGACGCUUUUAUGCCACUUCUGGAGUUAGUGCAAACGUCGAGUGCUCGAACGGUCAUGGCGAAGACAGUGUUGUCAAUUUUCUUCGAGCGAUACAAUGCUGUACAAAUUGAGGACCCCGUCGUAAUUUCAAGUCUAAUGAGACUUUGUUGCAUACUGCAUGAUUCCAUAAGUGCAGUGACCGUAGAAGACGAGAGUAAGGUGUGCGCCGAAUUAAUAAACAAAUACGUUCACGCAGUGACGUACCAAGAUGACUUCGAACAGCAGCUCAACUUCUACGUAGAAUGUCGCUCCGCUUUUAUUAAACUUGAUGCAGUCCUCGUCGCGCUUGUGCAUUCCGUGAACGCACUAGCGUGCCGCGCGGGGCGCGGGCGCGGGCGCUGGCUGCAGCGCGCGUGCGCCGCCUACUGCUUCGUGACGGUGCCCUCGCUGCACUGCGCGCUCACCAAGGCGCAGCUCUACCUGCUCUCCGGCCAAGCCGCGCUGCUCAGUGCCUGCAUCGGCCAGGCUGAAGCCAACCUCAAAGCGUUGGUGGGUAUUAUACCUGACAUUCCUCAAUACAUACAAGAAGACGGUCAAAACAAAUCAACACACGAUAGAUUGGUCGGUCUUCUGAGCAACUUCUUGUCUACAUUACUAAUUCUGCCUGACAAUGUGGAUAGUAACUGCAAAGCUUAUGUAUUGAGUGGAUUUAUAAAACUAAUGGAGAGAAUACACUGGAAAAAGACUGAUUCCUUGUACUAUACCUUGCUUCUUAAGAUUUUGGAUCUCCUUUGCCAAAUGACACAGGAAAAAUACGCUUAUCACAUAGAUUUCGUUAUUUCCAACGAUGAUUUGUAUGGCUCCGAAGAAGAAUUUAUUGACAGUAUUGAAAGAUACGCGACAAACAUAUGUCAAGAACUACUGGUCGUUUUGAAACUAUUAGGUGAUAACAAAGACACAAAGAAACAAUAUAAUUUAUCUUUGGAAUUAUUUUGGCGUGUUACUAGACGUGGUGAUUUAAACGAGCCGUCCAUGUCCAGCCUAGCCGCUAACUUGUGGAUGUUGUCACAGAAGCUGCAGGAUUCUAAUAACAAAUUCGCUAAAAUAAUGUUAACAUCUUUAGAAAAAGAUAAAAAUCAAGCAUCGCGUCAACUGUUCGCUAAAUUAAAAAGUGAUUGA